AUGUCGACUCCAACGUUACGAGAUGCAGCUCGAGGUAAUCUUUCAAGACUCCAAGGGAUUUUGUCUCCGUGCUAUGAUCAAGUCGCAGUUGGACUAAAAACUCACUCCUGCUGCAUGUGCGAUCGUGCUGUGAGUCCAGUUUCUUUGUCUACCCCUACAAAGUCAUCAUCAAGACUUGUGGAAAAUGUGUCACCUUCUUCAUCUCCACAUCUGAGUGAGAGCGGGAGCAAGGCUGCAGACCCAGUUGGACAUCACCAGAGCCUACCACUAAGAAGCCACUGA